AUGGAAUAUGAAUAAUCAGAUUACUAUUUACUUUUGGGAUCAUCCAUUUUUAUCAACAUUACCUUAAUAGCUAUAACGAUCUUCUUGUGGAAAGUCAUAUGGCUAUAAUAUCCAAUAUUUAUUGAAGAAUUUUAAAUAAAAUCAUUAAGCGAUGCUUAUAACAUAAUUCAAACAGCAAAUAUAAAUUUAAUAAUAAGUUAAUGUGGUUUUGAUGGAUUGACCUUGUUAUUAUUUGAAUAGAAAUUAUUCGUUGGUCUCAGCUAUUAUACCAUCUUUUAUUAUCUUAUUAUGGGGAUAUGUAAAAUAUCGUGGAACUAUUUAAAUGACUAUUAAAAACUAUUUGUCUAAUUGAAUAUUUUACCAAACUAAGAUUUCAUCAUAAGCUCGAUGUUACUCUUGGUAAUAUUUGCAAUAUUGAUAUAACUGAGAAAAGAACUGCAAAUUAUUUACAUUCAAAUGUUCACAACAGAUUAAUUCACUAAUUAUACCAUAAGGACACUGCAUAUAAGGGGAAUGGAUUACGAUGACUACGAUGGAGUGAUGAUGAUGUUAGAAAUAUUAAAGUAUUUAAAUGAUGUGGGUGAUCUUGGAACAAUAAUGGGAAUUUCAAUUAUUCCUGAGUACUCAAAACUAUUAGAAUUGGAGAAAAAUAGAUCUUUAUUUAAAUAUCAAUUGGGAAUUUUGGAAUUGUAGAAACCAUUAUUUUACCCUUUGCCAAAUCUAUCACUUAUAGAAGAAUAGGUUGAUCAACAAUUGUAAAAGCCAUUUAAGUUAUCAGGACAUUGUUUUAUCUGUGUCGAUAGACUGUAGACGUAAUUAAAAUUAUGCAAUCAAAAUGCUUUAACUCAAUAUUAGAUACAAUUGGCACCUGAUUUAUAUGAUAUAAAUUGGGUCAAUUUUACUAUUGAAAGUAAUCAAAUUAGAAUUUGGAGAACGAUUAUUCUUAAUUUAUUAAUAAUGACUCUACUUAUAUUUGUGACAUCCCCUUAAGCAUUAUAUUAGUAUUUAUCUAAAUUUCCUGGUUUGGAAUUCCUCUCUUUUAAAUGGACUAUUUUAAUACCAGAGCCCUUUGGGAGAAUAAUUAAAAAUAAUAUUCCUCCAAUAAUUUUAAUUUCAAUCAACCAAAUCAUCCUCUAUUUGUUAGAUGUCAUAACUUAGGCAGAAAAACAUGAACGAUGGUCAUAAUAUCAUAUUUCCUUCUUCCACAAAAUGUUUUUUUAUUUGAUUCUAAAUGUCUUGGUAAUUCCAGCCUUUUUAUUGCAGUCAUCGGAGACACUGUUUAAUAUCACAUAUAACGGAUUUAAUAUUUAAUUGUAGAAAGCAUUCGAUAAUUAAACUAAUUAUGGGUUAUAUUAUAUAACAUUUUUGUUUUAUUCUGGAACUGGUGCAUUUUUAGUGGAAUUGAUUAGACCAUCAGAACUCUACUUCAAUUACUUAAGUUCAUACAUGGCCUAUUACAUGAGAUUAUACGAAAACGAUGCCUAACACUAUUAGAAGACAAACGAGUUCUGUGUGUAAUAUGGAUAUAUAUCAGCUCAGAUGCUUCUUAAUUUAACAAUCAUAUGCAUCUUCAACACAACCUCACCUUUCAUUUUGAUUGCUGGUUUAUGGUUCUUUGGAUUCAGAUACAUUGGAGAUUUUUUCAUGUUGAUGGUUUCUAAAUAGGAAAUGGUCAGUAAUGUUGCUUUACUUUGGGACUCUGGCUGGUUGUCAAAGUUAUUGGUUGCUACUUCUAAUCAAAUUAUCUGA